UGUGUGUGUGUGUGUGUGUGUGUGUGUGUGUGUGUGUGUGUGUGCGUGGGCUGAUCCGCGGCGCGUCGGUGACUCGCUCAGUUUGGUUUCAUGAUCAUCUGCUGCGGACUGAACUCACACUCACGCGUUUCUCUGAUCCUGUCUGGAAAUAUUAAUAAAGAUCCGCCCGCGCGAGCUGAAGUUAGUUUGUCGCGGGAAUCUCUGGUUUCUGAAGGAAACACUCGGGAACUGAUGCGAGACAUUCUCGAGUCUCUGGAACUGAAGACGCGUCACGGAUCCGACGGAGAGCAGCGCGAUGGGGGAGCAGCCGAUCUUCACCACCAGAGCUCAUGUCUUCCAGAUCGAUCCCAGCACUAAGAAGAACUGGGUUCCCGCCAGUAAACAGGCCGUUACCGUCUCCUACUUCUACGACAGCACACGCAACAGCUACCGCAUCAUCAGCGUGGACGGGUCAAAGGUGAUCAUCAACAGCACAAUUACCCCCAACAUGAACUUCACUAAAACAUCGCAGAAGUUUGGUCAGUGGGCCGACAGUCGCGCAAACACAGUGUUUGGACUCGGCUUCGCCUCCGAACAACAGCUGUCCAAGUUUGCGGAGAAGUUCCAGGAAGUCAAAGAAGCAGCGAAACUGGCCAGAGAAAAAUCUCAGGAGAAGAUGGAGACGUCCAGUGAUCAGUCGCAGGAAUCUGGCCAUGAAACCCAAUCAGGCAAUCAAGAGUCCAGCUUCAACGGAACGGAUGAUGAGAAGAUCUCACACGUGCCGGACGACACCGCACUGAAGAGCGAGAACGACCGGCUGAAGUCUGUAGCGGAGCAGAGUAAGAAGCUGGAGAUGGAGCUGCAGGCGCUGAAGGACAGCAAUGCUCAUCUGACAGACACGCUGAACGAGGCUAACAGCAAGGCUGAGAGCUGGAAGAGUAAAGUGACGCAGAGCCAGGACGAGAACAACCAGCUGAGGCACAAGAUCUCGGAGCUGGAGGAUCAGUGUAAGGAGGUGAAUCAGGAGAGAGAGAGAAAUGCUCAGCUGAGUCUCAGAAUUCAAGAGCUGGAAGCAGAUCUACAGGAAAAAGAACAGGAGCUCGAGGACCUGCGCAAACAGGCAGAAACCAUCCCGCAGCUCGUGACCAAAUGUGAAAGUGUCACGGCCAAACUACAGGCUGCAGAAACGGCCAACAGAGGCCUGAGCGAGAAGAUGACGCUCCUGCAGAGCGAGAUCGACGACAGUCAGCAGAACCAGAAGAACAUGAAGAGCGAGCUCAAGAGGUUCAUGGACGUUCUGGACGGGAAGAUUGAUGAGCUCCAUGAAGUUCGGCAGAGCAUUUCUAAACUGGGCGUCGAUAACUGAACACACACACUCUCUCUCUCUCUCUCUCUCACACACACACUCUCUCUCUCUCUCUCUCUCACACACACACUCACUCUCUCUCUCUCUCUCUCUCUCUCUCUCUCUCUCUCUCUCACACACACACU